CAACCUGGAGGGUGAGUGAAAAAGAGAGGGUGACCUGGAAGGACACGUCUGGGAUGAUGUGGAUUGUGAGGAUGGAGAAAUUGACAGGAAAGGGCAUGGAUCAACAAGAGAAAAUCACAUUCCUCAACAUGGGUCUACGAGAGAGGCAAAUGGGUGGAUAAGUGUUGGCUUCCCCACCCUGUGAGAAUCAGGGAAGAACAUGGAUAGCACUAGCGAAGGAUCCCAAGCAAACACAAACCAAACAAAUUCAAGACAAGCUUUUGGACACAGAAAAGAAAGGACUGGCCAAAAAAAAAAUUCACUGGCAAACAUCCAAGUGUCACAAGGAGAAACCCUAAUUUUCAAGAAUGGGAAAACCACAUGCACGGGAGGUGUCGGAAGCAACAAUUUAGCACAACAGACAAAUCAUGGGAUUGACAGAGUGAUAAAGUUUUCAGGAAAGAUUUAGAAGAACAAGAAAGCCUUGGAAAGGCAAAGAGGCUAUGUUCCCAUAAUCAACGAUGGUGCUAAAGACAGAAGAAUUGAGAAGGAUGGCCUCGAAGGAUGACUGCAAGAAACUAAAUAAAGAAUUUGGGAGUAGGGUAGAAGGAGGAUUGAGUGAAAAAUGCAAGGCUUUCAUCCUCUCCUCAAAAACAAUGAAGCCAAUUCGGGAUCGUUUUAACAAUUGUGCAUUCUUCAUAAAAUGGUGUGAAUCGGACUGGCCGACAAAAUAUAUAACAAAGUGGUGGAUCAACAUCUAUGGUGGACAGGAGCGAUUGGGGGUUGUGCAGUCGAGGGAGAGAUUCCCGAGACCAUGGACGCUGAUACCACGUCUGUCCCAGGCAGAUUUGGACAUUAUAGAGAUAUGUGGAUUGACCUCUCUUCUGGAUAUGCCUCGGUUCACUGUGAACCGGGGACUUUUGAUAGCAUUGGCAGAGAGGUGGCAUAGCGACACGAACACCUUUCAUUUUGCCACUGGAGAGAUGACAGUGACACCGGAGGAUUGCUACCGGAUUUUGCGCAUUCCUGUGGUAGGGGCACUGCUACCCUACGAGCAGUCAGAGGAGGGUGGCACAGAGGCACUGCGCCGCAUAUUUCAUGAUGAGACUGUCUGUGGAUAUGAGAUUCCUUGGCAGGAGUUUCUAGAUUUGGAUUAUGCACCACUGUCAUCUGUAUUGGCAGGAUUCAUUGGGGGAUUCUUUUGUCCUGAUCACAGGUCAAAGGGAUUUUCAGUGGGAUGGGAGCUGGUUCUGGAGCAGAUGGUCACACAGGGCCGGAGAUUUUCAUGGGGGUCAGCGAUGCUGGCCCAUCUUUACAGGAGCCUUCAUGAGGUAGUAUACCUCGGUUAUGCUAGUUUAUCAGCGGGUGUGACCUUAUUACAGGUAUGGUGCUGGGAACAUAUUCCAGUAGCGAGGCCACUAGCAGAUAGAGACAAGCCCGUAGGUGCUGCAUAUGCCUACGGAUAUAGAGGCCUAGUUGUCUAGCGUAAGCUGGGCAAACUAGAGCAUUGGAGGAGGGUGUUUGAUGAUAUAGAUACGGUCACCUGGAGACCGUAUACAGGUUGUGAGGUAUGGGCUGAGGAUGGGCUGGAGAUGCCCUUUGUUUUUAUGAGCCGAUAUCUGAUUGGGAGGACCCCGUUCGUCAUUGAACGGUUUUUGGUGACCCGAGUUUUGCGGCAGUUCGGGCGCCAGCAGGGGAUUCCUCAGGGAGCAUGCCUUUAUGCACGGAGGCAGCAGGAUGUGGCUGAUUGGGGGCCGACUAUUGACAGUGCGGUGGUCGUGGAGGAGUUUGUGGGGAUAGCUGGGCAGGUCUGGGACUAUGCCCCAGAGAUUCAGGACGCCGGCGCCCGUUUGUUUGUUGCGCGGGCAAUGGCGAGGAUCUCAGAUCCAAAGGAGAUGAGGCCAGUGUUUGAUUCGGAUGGGGAGGAGGGAGACGGGGGGGAUGAUGGAGAUGAUGGAGGAGGUAGAGGAGCUAGAGGGAGGCGGGGAGGUAGAGGU